AUGACGGAACACGAUCAAUCGCUCUCGCGAUCCGGUCGCAUCAUGACCGCUCUAUCUCACACCCUAGAGGAACUCGGUCUUGUUACAAUGUACCACUCCACCCGAGACGUCAAGUUCCUCUGCGCCCAGCGCUUCGUGCGGCUCUUCGCGUAUGGCGGGUCAACACUCAUUCUCGCGUCGUACCUAUCAGCCAUUGGCAUCGCGGAUGAUAAGAUUGGGCUGUUUAUGACCCUCACCCUAGUCGGUGAUGUGGUUAUUAGUUUCUUCCUUACGCUGUUCGCGGAUGCGAUGGGUCGCAAGGCGGUUUUGGCGUUGGGAUCGGCGUUGAUGGCUGGUAGUGGCGUUGUUUUUGCCAUGUCGGGGAAUUAUUGGGUGCUUCUUGCUGCGGCGGUGUUUGGUGUUAUUAGUCCGAGUGGGAACGAGAUUGGACCCUUCCGUGCUGUGGAGGAGUCUACUCUCGCUCAUCUCACUCCGCAUGAGAAGUUGCCCGAUGUCUUUGCGUGGUACUCGCUGGUCGGUACCGCGGGUACUGCACUCGGCCAGUUGAUUUGCGGUUGGACCAUCAGCUCGCUGCAGAACCUGCACGGAUGGGCUUUUAUUCCAUCAUGCCGAAUCAUCUUCUUCGUGUAUGCGGGCGUUGGUAUCGUCAAGCUUAUCCUCACGUUGGCACUGACUCAUAAGGUCGAGACGGCCAAGAAGCAGAAGGCGCGUGAGCAGCAGAAUGGCGAAACUCGACCACUGCUGGCUGAUUCUGCGCCUGCUGAGCAAGAGGCUGUGCCGAAGAAGAGGUCCCUCUUUGCAUCCAUUGAGAAGGAUCUUUGGUCGCUAGUGAUUCGAUUGUUUAUCCUGUUCGGCAUCGACUCGUUUGCGUCGGGUCUCGCAUCUCUCUCCUGGAUGACAUACUUCUUCCACCGCAAGUUCAGCUUGCCCGAAGGCGAGCUGGGUACCAUCUUCUUCGUGACUAGCUCCAUCGCCGCAGCAUCCAUGCUUGUCGCGUCCUCGAUCGCCAAGCGUAUCGGCAAUGUGAAGACAAUGGUCUUCACACACUUGCCCUCGGCAAUCUGUCUAGCCCUCAUCUCCGUCCCCAACAGCCUCCCACUAGCACUAACAUUCCUCGUUCUCCGCGCAUGCUCUCAAAACAUGGACGUGGCCCCACGCUCCGCCUUCCUCGCCGCAGCACUCCCCUCCGACAAGCGCACCGCCAUCAUGGGCGCUGUCAACGUGGUCAAGACUACCAGCCAGAGUCUGGGUCCCCUUCUUACAGGCAUCCUUGCGCGUAAUAACAUGUUUGGCGUGUCGUUCAUUAUCGCCGGUUGCUUGAAGGUUACCUAUGAUCUGGGCAUGUUGGUGAGCUUUGCCGGCAAGGAGGCGGAAAAGCGGAAGCAGGUUGCUCGUGAGGCCAAUGGGGAUGAGGAGGAGACUCGUUAG